AUGUCUCUUACGCCUUUUUAUUUUGCAAGCAUAUAUCUUACACCUUUUUUUUUUGCACAUAUCUGUUUUACGCCUUUUUAUUUUGCACCUAUCUAUCUUACGCCUUACUAUCUUACGCCUUUUUAUUUUGCACGUAUCUAUCUUACGUCUUUUUAUUUUGCACGCAUCUAUCUUACGCUUUUUUAUUUUACACGUAUCUAUCUUACGCCUUUUAAUUUUCCACGCAUCUAUCUUACGCCUUUUUAUUUUGCAGGUAUUUAUCUUACGCCUUUUUAUUUUACAGGCAUCUAUCUUCGGCCUUUUCAAUAUGCACGCAUAUAUCUUACACCUUUUUAUUUUGCACGUAUCUAUCGUACACCAUUUUAUUUUGCACCCAGCUAUUUUAUGCCUUCCUAUUUUACACGCAUCCGUCUUACGCCGUUUUAUUUUGCACGCAGCUAUCUUAUUCCUUUUUAUUUUAUAAUCAUCAAUAUUACGCCUUUUUAUUUUACACCCAUCUAUCUUACGCCUUAA